AUGGCCAACUUUCUCGCUUCCAUCUUCGGCACAGAGCUUGACAAGGUCAACUGCUCCUUCUACUUUAAAAUCGGCGCCUGCCGGCACGGCGACCGCUGCUCCCGCAAGCACGUCAAGCCCUCGUACAGCCAGACGAUCUUGAUGCCGAAUCUCUACCAGAACCCAUCGUUCGAUCCCAAUAACCGCAUGAACCCAUCGCAGUUGCAGAACCACUUCGAUGCCUUCUACGAGGAUAUAUGGUGCGAGCUCUGCAAGUACGGAGAGCUGGAGGAGCUCGUCGUGUGCGACAACAAUAAUGAUCAUCUCGUGGGAAACGUGUACGCACGCUUCAAGUACGAAGAAUCCGCCCAACAGGCGUGCGACACCCUAAACAGUCGCUGGUACGCCGGCCGUCCCAUAUACUGCGAACUCAGCCCCGUCACGGACUUCCGCGAGGCCUGCUGCCGUCUAAACUCGGGCGAGGGCUGCGUCCGCGGCGGCUUCUGCAACUUUAUUCAUCGCAAAAACCCUAGCGAAGAGCUCGACAGGGACCUCGUUCUCAGCACAAAGAAGUGGCUGAAGCUGCGAGGCCGCGACGAGAGGAGCGUCAGCAGGUCACCGACACCCGAGCCCGCGCGACGCAGAUGA